AAGACGGAAUCCUGGCAGGUUCAGAAAGAGGCUCUGAAACGCAAAUUCGGCGAGGAGGGCUGGAAUCCACGGAAACGCCUCUCCCCCGACGUGAUCGAAGGAAUCCGCGCACUGCACUCGCAGUCCCCGGAGACGUUCACCACGCCCCUGCUCGCCCAGGAGUUCGAAGUCUCCCCCGAAGCCAUUCGGCGGAUCCUGAAGACCAAAUGGCGUCCGUCGAACGAGCAGAUGGAGGAGCGGAGGGAACGGUGGGAGAGGCGGGGGAUCCAGGUGUGGGAGAAAUAUGCGCAGGAGAAGGGCAUGAAGCCGCCGAAGAAGUGGAGGAUAUUAGGAGUG